AUGAAGGUUUGGGGGGCGCACGGCGAGUUUUGUGCGAGACAUCAGUGGGAAGUGAUCGUCGCUACCUUAGCUCUAUUAGCCUGUGCAGCUAGCGUCGAGCGUCAUGCAUCAGGGCAAGGAUCCGAAAGGUGCGCGGGUUGGGCCAGAGCCUGCCCCGGCCUCGAAGCCGAGUAUCAAGCUGCAGACGCCGUCAUAAUGACCAUUGUGCGCUGUUCCGCCCUUCUAUACGCGUACUACCAAGUCUCCAACCUUCAAAAAAUCGCCUCCAAGUACCUCUUAAUCAUCGCCGGUGUCUUCUCAACUUUCGCCAGCUUUAUAUUCACGUCUGCAUUAGCUAGCUUAUUCUGGACUGAGUUAGCAAGUAUUAAAGAUGCCCCGUUUUUAUUCCUACUAGUCGCUGAUGUAGCGAGGGGUGCGAGAAUGGCGAAAGCUGGCUGGAGCGCGGGAGAGGACCAAGGAAAGAGGGUGGGGCGGGCUUUAUCGUUAUUGGGACCGACAGCUACGUUAGAUACACUUCUAGCGGUUCUUCUAGUCGGUGUUGGUGGAUUGUCAGGCGUACCCAGAUUGGAACACAUGUGCACAUUUGCCUGUUUGGCCUUGAUGGUAGAUUACCUAGUCUUCGUUACGUUUUAUCCUGCCUGCUUAUCAUUGGUAGCGGACUUUGCAUCUGGUAAAAAAGAUUUAACUGGCGAUAACCCGUUCAUGGAAACCGACUUGAAACCUAACCCUGUCGUUCAAAGAGUAAAGAUGAUUAUGGCUGCUGGAUUGCUGUGCGUUCAUCUUACGAGCAGAUGGCCUUGGGCAAGAGAUAACGGAAUGAUAGACGGCUCGCUGAGCAACAGUUUCAAGCAGUCGCCGCAUGAUAACGUUCUACUACACUCAUACAUCAAAUGGUUCUCUGUAUCCGCUGAUUAUCUCGUAAUUGCAACUUUACUAUGCGCUCUGAUUAUCAAAUUUAUUUUCUUUGAAGAACAAAGGAACUGGGUUAUCGAUAUGAACGACCUAACUGUUAAAGAAGUGGUGCAUAACGACAAACCGGUGUUUACGUUGGGAGAGGACGUGAAGACUGACGCAGGCAUACAAACAGAGGACUUAUUAGGCUAUGAUGAAGCCGAAUGGCCAACGCUAUCGCCAAGCUCUUCUGUUGCCAAAUUGAACUCAAAGAAACGACCCAUGGCAGAAUGCCUUGAAAUUUAUCGAUCAGAAGGCGAUUGCACUUCAUUGAGUGACGAAGAAGUUGUAAUGCUAGUGGAGCAGUCUCAUAUUCCCUUACACAGACUAGAAGUUGUUUUAUGCGAUCCUUUAAGAGGUGUGAGAUUGCGAAGAAGAGUAAUAUCAUCAAGAUUCCAGACCGAAGACGCAAUAAAAACUUUACCUUACUUGAAUUAUGAUUACAGCAAAGUGAUGAACGCAUGUUGCGAAAAUGUAAUCGGUUUUGUCGGUAUACCCGUCGGCUAUGCAGGUCCAUUAGUAGUAGAUGGAAAGCCAUAUAUGGUACCGAUGGCUACUACAGAAGGUGCCCUGGUUGCUUCAACAAAUAGAGGAGCUAAAGCGAUCGGACCUAGGGGAGUUACUAGUGUAGUUGAAGAUAUCGGAAUGACACGAGCGCCGGCCGUGAAACUACCAAACGUUGUACGAGCGUUAGAGUGCCGCCAGUGGUUAGACAAUAAAGAAAACUAUGAAUUGAUCAAAGAAGCGUUCGACUCAACAUCAAGGUUUGCCCGGCUUCAAGAAGUUCACAUUGGUGUUGACGGCGCAACGCUUUAUCUACGAUUUAGAGCAACAACCGGUGAUGCAAUGGGCAUGAACAUGGUAUCAAAGGGUGCAGAGAACGCAUUGAAAGUCCUCAAAAAAUUCUUCCCCGAUAUGGAAGUUAUCAGUCUCUCGGGUAACUACUGCUCAGAUAAAAAAGCAGCAUCUAUAAACUGGGUAAAAGGGCGGGGUAAGCGAGUUGUCUGCGAAACGACAGUCUCUGCUGAGAGUUUACGUACAAUUUUAAAAUCCGAUGCAAAAACGCUAGCGCGGUGUAAUAAAAUCAAGAACCUGUCGGGAUCAGCGCUAGCUGGUUCUAUUGGAGGUAACAACGCCCAUGCUGCGAACAUGGUGACGGCCAUCUUUAUAGCUACAGGACAGGACCCAGCUCAGAAUGUAACGAGCAGUAACUGUUCCACCAGUAUGGAGGUUUGUGGGGAGAAUAGGGACGAAUUAUAUGUUACUUGUACCAUGCCUUGUCUGGAAGUCGGUACUGUAGGUGGGGGGACAGUUUUGACAGGUCAAAGCGCGUGCUUAGAGAUCCUAGGAGUAAAGGGAGCCGGCGUGAGACCCGCAGAGAAUUCAGCAAGAUUAGGUUCACUAAUCUGCGCUACUGUAUUAGCAGGCGAGUUAAGUUUGAUGGCUGCCCUUGUGAAUUCCGAUUUGGUAAAAUCUCAUAUGCGGCAUAACAGAUCGACGGUGAAUGUCCAAGGUUCAACUAAUGACAUGACAUUAAAAGUACCAAAGUUAUAA